CUCCCAACCACCAACUCUCGGCGUUCAACAUCUUGCAACCAGCACUUGCUUGCUCCUUCUUUUCUGUUCGAUUCUGCUUUUUAGUCGGCCAGCUUCCUUUCGUUCUCGUCAUUCGUUACACUGCUGUUGAAUUCGUUUCGCACGUCUUUCGCUACAGACUGUUCAGUGCAUACAUCCCUUUCGUGAAUGCUAGUUGGUUGAUAUCGUCAAGACCUAUUCUACUGAGGUACAUCGAGGUACUUCGAUGGCAUCUGAGUUACUUCUGACCUUACCGUAUAGCAUACAGCUUGUCAGACUCGAGUUUCAGGUGCAUACACUUCAUAGCAUACACCCCUCCAUACCUCCCCACGGGUCAUCACAACGACCCAACCUUUUAUUCCCACCACCUAUGCCUGCCCAACCCACCUCCGGCUCCUCCUCUCUCAAACGCAAAGCUAGCUUCUCCGUCUCUCCUCCUCGUCGUUCUAUGGCCUCAAUGCAGCCAACCAUCACGAAUCUCCUCGGUUCGACCAAGACCCACGCUCCAUCCCGCAAGCCAGACCUCAAGAAACCCCGCGAGGGCACGAAUUUUUCUCAGGCGUUAAUUACUCCUUCGAAGAUUGGAAAGGGGAAUGGUAAGGCACAGGGAAUGAAGAUUGAUAUUGGGGAUGAGAAGGGAAAGGCGACGGAUGCGACGAUGAUCACACCGCCGGCGAGUCCGUUGGAUGAUGUUGUCGUCAAGAACAAGAUCCAAUUUGCGCGAAGUGAAAAGUUGAGAAACCUCUUGGAGCGUGAAGAGGGACAGUUGCCUGUCAAUCCAGAUUACCUGAAUUGUGUGCUUAGUCCUUUUGUGUGUAUUCUUCCAUUACUGAUAUAGCUGCGUACAGGUGUCCAAGUCCACAAGGAAGCAGAGGAAUGGCGCUCAAAACUCGUCUUGUGGAUGUUCACG